AUGGCUUCUGCCGGUGGUCUGACACGCCGUCGCGGAGCUGCCCGUUCCAACACAGACGAUAUCAACGGCACCAAUGGCAGCAGUCGAGUCGCCUCCCCAUCCCCCUUAAAUGGCUCGGCUACUUUCGACAGCCGCACCCCGGAGACAUCGUUCACCUCCAGCGGCGAAAAUGGUGGGCACAAAAUCGCUUUCGAUCCGCGGGAUAUCAGCGAGAGUGAUGAAAGGAAUAAACAGCCGAAACUUACGUUGAUGGAAGAGGUGUUGUUGAUGGGGCUGAAGGAUAAGCAGGGAUAUCUCUCCUUCUGGAACGAGAACAUUUCAUACGCACUACGAGGAUGCAUCGUUAUCGAAUUGGCUUUCCGUGGCCGCAUCAGCAUGCAAAAGGAUUCAUCAAGACGACGCUUCCCCCUUGCCGACCGGGUAAUCGAAGUUAUCGACGACUCGCUAACCGGAGAAGUCUUGCUGGACGAGACGUUGAAGAUGAUGAAGUCAAGUGAGAAAAUGAGCGUCAGCUCCUGGAUCGAUCUACUAAGCGGUGAAACCUGGAACCUUAUGAAAAUCGGCUACCAGCUGAAGCAAGUCAGAGAACGGCUGGCAAAAGGGCUGGUGGAUAAGGGUAUCCUCCGAACCGAAAAACGUAACUUUCUCCUCUUCGACAUGGCCACCCAUCCUGUUGCAGAUACCGGCGCCAAGGACGAAAUCCACAAACGAGUCCGCAACAUCUGUAGCAGCCGUACCGUCAUUCUCACGCCAAACCAGUUCUUCCCUGAAGAUAUUGAGUUCAGAUACCUGCGCACUAUCACAAUGGUUUGUGCUGCUUAUGCUGCUAACGUUCUUGAAAACGCGCUGGUGACCAUGGGCCACGAGGCGCGGGAGAGGGCUUUUGCACAGGUUGAUGAACUGCUGUCUGAAUAUUCACAAUGGCCGUUUGCGCGGCGGACAGGUGGUUCGCAAGGGAUUGGGGCAAAUCUGGCCCAAGAGGUCAAUGAGGAGGUGGAGAAGGCAAAGGAUAAGGAGCUUCAACUAGAGGUGAUAGCAGCGUGUUUGAACGUAUUUACUCGACUGGAUUCCCUUCUCUAAGCUAUCGCGACCGUUUUGCCAAGCUUUAUUUUCCCUUAACCCCGGAUAUUCGAUCAGGCCUCACUAUUCCUCUACCCGCGAUCUAUCCAUCUACCUAUCAAUCCCAUCCCAUUCAAAGCCACUUCUGUGUUAUGUAGCUACCCGCGUCCUCCUCUCCAAUAUCCCCACCUGUUCGACAUCAGUUUCCACGCUCACGCCGUUUCAUAUUUUGUUCGAAUCUUACAUGAUGAAAGAUGGUUUGGUGGGAGGGAACGAGGGAGAAGAAACGCACCGAAAUUUGUAAAAAGCAGGACGGAUACUUUUUCUCGUCGAAAUCAAACAGACCUU